AUGGCCGAUAGCGGUAUUAGAGUUAAAGACACUCGUGUUAGCUUUCGAAUUUUAUCACGGAAGGGAAGGGGUCAGCGUCGUACCACAUCUGUGGCUAACCGAUUCUCUGGUUUUGUCAUCGUCACCGAGUGGAAGAUAACACCAGACCCGUCGACAGUGGAUUAUCUCUCCAGCUACUACAUAUUCAACGCACGUCAUGCGCAAGUCAAGUUCGCCAGCCCAUUUCACCAGAAGUGGGACCAGUCGUUGGAACUCCUGGCCCCUCCCGAGACCAUGCUAGGAAAGAUUAUUGCGCAAUUCAACAGUCGACUUCAAUGA